AUGUCAAAUAUUAAACUUUAUUUAAUUGUAGGACAGUUAUAUUUACCAAAUAUUGAUAUUAACGCAAAAUGGUCGCAGAACGGUAAAACCGUGGCAGGAGGCAAUGGUCCUGGUAGUGCAAUCAAUCAACUACAUUAUCCAUGGGAUUUGUACGUAGAUGAUGAUCAAACUAUUUAUGUAGCUGAAUACUCAAAUCAGCGUAUUAUGGAAUGGAAUUGUGGUGCAAUGAGUGGUCAAGUCGUUGCUGGUGGAAAUAAACAAGGAAAUCGAACUAAUCAAUUGAAUGGUCCAGCAAAUGUAAUUAUCGAUAAAGAAAAUGAUAGCGUCAUAAUUUGCGACCAAGGAAAUCGUCGAGUCGUGCGAUGGCCUCGUCGAAAUGGCAAAUCUGGCGAAACGAUCAUUUCGGAGAUUGAUUGUUGGGGUUUAACCAUCGAUAGCAAUGGCUACCUUUAUGUUUCAGAUUAUAAAAAGCAUGAAGUGAGACGAUGGUGUACAGGAGAUACUUGUGGAACCGUCAUAGCUGGUGGUAAUGGAAAGGGUAAUCGUCUCGAUCAAUUAAAUUGUCCUGCUCAAAUAUUUGUCGAUCAGGAUUAUUCACUGUACGUAUCAGAUAUUGGUAACCACCGUUUGAUGAAAUGGAUACAAGGUGCAAAAGAAGGUAUUGUUAUCGCAGGUGAUGAAACUGAGGGAAACGAUCUUACACAAUUAUCAUAUCCUUCUGGAGUAGCUGUCGAUCACUUAGGUGCUGUCUAUGUUGUAGAUUCUCAUAAACAUCUCGUAAUGCGUUGGUUCAAAGGAGCUACACAAGGUAGUAUCAUCAUAGGUGGCAAUGGACAAGGAGCAGAAGCAAAUCAAUUAAAUGGCCCUGUUGGCCUGUCAUUCGAUCGACAAGGUAAUAUUUAUGUAGCCGAUAAUCUGAAUCAUAGAAUACAGAAAUUCCAUAUUGAUUCAACUUGA